ACCAGGAGCGGGCUGCGAAUUGAUGUAAACAGAGCUACAUUGCCCCGCUGCCAACCUAACAAGAUGCCAACUGGUUUAGUGAAGAAAAUAGCCCCGGCCCGUAUCUUUGAGAUUGCUGGCGAUCUUUUUGUGGACUCGCCUCUUCAGUCAGCCAUGGCUCACUGCGUCGGGGCCGACUUCCUGAUGGGCGCGGGACUGGCAGUGACCUUUAGGACUAGAUUUGGUUUCCAAGACUACUUACAGACGCUGGAUCUAUGCCCUGGUCAGGUCGCGCAGGUGUUCUGCGAUAAAGAAGACCGCCUCGUCUUUCAUCUUGUGACAAAGCCCCGUUCAGCCCGAUGUAGACCUCUGCCUGGCGACUUCCGAGCUGCAGUCUUUGAGCUGGCGCGGCGCUGUGCUGAGUCGAGGGUGGCUACGCUCUCGAUUCCCCGUAUAGGCGCCGGAUUGGAUCGUCUCCCUUGGCCUUGGGUGCGCGGUGUUCUUGAGGAAGCUUUCGCUGGCGCUGACACUGAGGUGCUCGUGUUCACCCUCCCUGCUGAGAGAAGGCCGAGUAAGCAGAGAAGAGUGGCCCCACAACGACGUUGGUCUGGCGGCGCCCAUAAGACCGUCCGAGCUCGAGAUACCGCUGUGGAGGGUGGAUUGGCUCGACACAGGGAGGACAACGCAGAGACGACGGGGGCCACCACUACGCCCUCUGUGUCCAGCCCCACCCUGGCGGCCAAUAAUACAGGUGAGAACGUUCCUUGCUUGUCGCUAGCCAAUGACUCGUUGGCUGGUGUGCCACCUGCUCUCGCUGAUAAGUCUCUUACUCCUGACAGACCGAUAAGGACCAGUAAAAGCCGCCGGAAGAUCUCUGCGGACGAGCGCUUUUACAAUGACUGUCAGCGAAGGCUCCAAGCGCUGCUUGAGGCCGGUGGUGUUGAACCAGAACGCGAAGAGGAGCCGCCUUCCUCCCCCCUUGUCCUCAGGCGUAGCAGUGCCUCCCCUUUCAUAAAAGCUGCUAAAAAUACUGUCACCUCAACGGGUGGGUCCGCCGGGCGCGAUCCGAAGGCCUGUGAGUUGACAGGGGCUUUAUCUUCCCUCGCGUCCGGCUCCACCCCAUCGAUACAAAAAUCAGUAAGGCGUGUGGAGCAGAAACGAGAGCCGAGCCUGAAAUCAGCAGCAGCCCAGCCCAGCAGACGAGAGUGCUACGGCCGAGGAAGGGCAUCUUCCCAGCUGCGAGGCCUGAUGUUAUAAAUCCAUCAACGAGACCAAAAAACCUGCUCAGCAAGAGCAGCAAGACAGUCAGUUAAGCCAAAAACUUUCCCUACUUCUCUGGAACAUCGAAGGUCUCAAAAAUGUUUUUCCCUUACUUGAUGUGAAUUUUCUCUGUAAAUUCGAGAUAAUUAUCUUGACAGAGACCUUCCUGUUGACUGAUUUUGCUAUUCCUAACUUCUAUUGUAAGCACUUGUUUGGAACAAAGAAAGAAUCGGGGAGGCCGAUGCGUGGCGUGUCGAUCUUUUUCCGCUCAACUCUGGGAGUCUUGGCCAGCUGGACAGCUCUGGAAAAUUCACUUAUAUUAAAUUUUAACAACGUGAGCAUUGUGGCCUCAUAUUUUAAUCCAUCUAUGUCCAAAGAUAGCAUUUGGGACGAACUCACUGAGACUUUUUCCUUUAUUUCAAAUCCAGAGUCCGUAGUUUUUGCAGGCGACUAUAACUGUCGCAUUGACAAGGAUAAAGGCAAAGGGGAAUUGAUCCACGAAUUUAUUCUGCUAAACAGCCUACAAUUAAUAAAUAAAAUCCCCUUACAAAGCACGUACACUUCAAAGAAUGGCUCGAGUGUGAUAGAUAUUGUAAUGUGCAGCUCUCAGAUCAUUAACAAGUCUUUCAAAGUGGUGGAUACAUAUUUGAGGAAGCAUAGUGUAUUGUGCGUGAAAUUGGAAGUGCCCUUUAAAGUCAAAUGCAGCCUAACUGCGAUUACAGUAAAGACUGGGCGUAGAGUUAUUGUGGAAAAGUUAGCUAUGUGCGGAGAGGAGGCCAAACAAUCUCUCCAAAAUAAUUUAAAUGAUAAGGAUCUAAAUGCCUUUUAUAGCUGUCUGCUAAUAUUAGUUGAAAAUGCAACUGUAAAUUUGAAUAGUGCAAAUAAAAAGAAUGGCCAGCCGUGGCACGACAGUGAAUGCUUCAUCCUUAAAAAACUUAUCUUGAAUAUUAGAACAAAGGUUGAUUCGUGUAGAUUCAAGUCUUUACCUCCAACAGCGCAAAAUAGAAUCCGAGUGGCCCUUUGUGACGCCAAAGCUAACUACCGACAAUUGUGUAAGAUAAAAAAGGCCAAACAUCAGGAACUACUUGACGAAAGAAUCAUUUUAGAGGCUGAGGCACGCUGCUACAGAUUUCUUCGAUUGAAUGACAUGGGCUCAUCUCUUGUGGCCAAUGAUAUUUCUAUGUCAUCAUGGGUGCAAUUUUUGGGCGGGGUUUUCAAUAGAGAAUGUCUGGGGCAGCGUGAUCGUUUAAAUCUAAAGACUAAGUUGAGGCUGUAUGCGGGUGAAGUAACUCAUUCUCCUUUUAUUCAGGCGGAAGUUGAAUUUGCUCUUCAGGCGAUAAAAAACAAAAAGGCUCCCGGUCCAGAUGAGUUGCGAAAUGGGGUGGUUAAGCACUUGUGGCAGGUUAUUCCCGCCGAGAUGACGGCCUUCCUAAAUGUUUGUCUCGAGUUGGGCGCGUUUCCAAGUGCGUGGAAAACGUCCAAUUUGAAAUUACUAUACAAGGGAAAGGGCAGCAUCUCUGACGUCAAUAAUUAUAGAGGCAUAAGUGUUUGCUGCUCACUGUAUGGGCUCCUGGACCGAGUGAUGAACAAUCGCCUUUACUCUCGCCUCAUCGAGCUAAUUCCGUCAAACCAAUUUGGGUUCGUGAGAGGGAGGUCUACUCUACAGGCCGUACAGUUCCUGAUUGAUGAAAUUGAUUUUGUAGUGUA